AUGAAUUCUGCUGGCGAAAUUAAGGAAGUCAUUCCUUUUGAGCGGGCUCAAAUUCUGUUGGAGAAUGCCAAACAGCUGAAGAAUCUCAAUGAUCAGCGAAAGCAACUUGAUGCGGCGCAGGCUUCGUUUGAGCAGUUUGUGAAGGCCAGUCCGAAUCACCGUCUGGCAGGUCAGGCGAAUACUGCAAGAGGACGUAUUUUACUCGAGCAGGCCCGAGUUGAGAUUUGGGACGGUGAUAAGCCAUCUAAUGAAGGGAACCGUGAUUUGUUCCGUCAAAAUGCACGGGACAUGAUCAAGCGAGCGCGAGAAAUCUUCAAGCAGGCGGUUGACCAGCACCAGAAGGCGGUCGCUGCCUUCCCAAGUUUCAUCCCGCCUGAAGAAAAGCAGAAAGUCGCGGAUCGAGCUGCUGCUGAAGCAUUAUAUAUCGAGGCCGAAUUGGACCUUGCUCAAUGUACGUACUGGGAAGCUCAAACACACGACAAAGGAACUGAAGAGCGGGCUGAUAUCCUUUCCAAAGCUGCUGAGGAAUUUGAGGCGAUUCAUACGAAGUACCGCAGUAUGAUCGGCGGUUUGUAUGCACGUGUCUGGCAGGGCAAGUGUUUCGAAGAACAGGACGAAAUCCGCAUCGCCUUGGGGAUUUACGAGGAAAUACUCGGGCAUCCAGGUAGUUCGACCACCAUGAACAAUUUGAAGGAUCGGGCACUCCGCUUUCGUCUGAUCUGCCUGAAUCACGAAAAGCGAAAAGACUUCAAGCUGACUCUUCUCGAAGGGGAAGACUGGCUGCGCAUUGCUAAAGCCCGCUCGCGAACGGCCAUUGGCUUGGGGAUUCAAUGGGAGAUGUGUCUGGCUCAGGAGAAGUUAGGGACCGACCGGACUGUUUCAGAGCCAGAGCGGAUGAACCAUCUGAAUCAGGCACUCAAUCGAGCCCGUACCAUUGCACGCUACCCGGGAGAAUUGAAGACACCGGCCACUUCUAUGGUGCAGCGACUGAUGGUCGCAUUAAAUCGAGAACCGGGUGAUCCCAAAGACUUCGAAACAGCGAAUGGAAAUGCAGACGUCCUGUUUAAGCAGGUCAACGAGAUCAACACGGAAAUCACGAAGUUGGUGAAAGCAGGGAAGAAGAAAGAGGCCAAGGAGAAACAGGAAACGUUGAUGGCAACCGCUGCGGAAAUGGCUCGGUUGUACGACAUUGCCCUGAAAUUGACCGUUCCCGAUACAAAUCCGAUUCUGAUCAACAUUGCCCGCUUGCGGCUGGCCUAUGGUCUCUUCCUGCAAAAGAAGUAUUACGAUGCUGCCGUUGUCGCCGAACAUCAGAUGACCAAGUACGGUGAGAAAUAUCCUGAAGUUGGUUUGGAGUCAGGGUUUAUUGCCAUGACUGCCUUUGACCAUGCCUACACUCAGGCCCCGGAAGAUGACCGUAAUUUCGAAGGGAAAAUGGUCGCGGACAUCGCUGAGAAAAUUGCGGAGCGGUGGCCAGAGUCUGACAGAGCGAAUGAUGCUCGGAAUGCCGUCGCACGGAUUUACUUUAAUGCAGAUAAUUUGCUUGAAGCUGCUGAGUGGUACAAGAAGAUCCCUCCCGGGACUUCGAAUUAUUCCCAAGCUCAGGUUUCUGCUGGGAAGGCGUACUGGCGGCAGUAUGUCAUCGCCACAUCUAAGCCAGAAGGUGAACGUCCCACGGCGGAGGAUCUGAACAAAUGGAAGGCAGCUGCCGUUAAGCAUCUGGAGACAGGACUCGCUGAAGCAGAAAAAGAGAUCCCCAAAGAUAAACCGUUGCCAGAUGAUCUGGUCGGGGCGAAGUUGACUCUCGUCAACAUCCGAAAUCUGGAUGGUGUUUAUAAGAAGGGGAAGGAUGGUCCUUUGGGGGCAUUGGAGUUGCUGACCGCUGAGCCACAUCCGGUUCUGAAAAGUGUUGAUGUCCCCAAAGGAGAAAAGCGACCGACGAGAGCAGGAGCUGCCCAAAGCCGUGAGAUCGCUUCCUUUGCCUAUCAGCAGUUGCUGCGGGCUCACAUCGGUUUGAAGAACCUGGAAGAGGCACGCAAGGCCCGUCAAAAGUUGGAAGAAGUAGCGGGUGAAGAAGAUGCAGCGGCCUUAACGCAGGUCUAUAUCGAGUUCGGUCGAGAGUUGGAGCAAGAGCUGGAUCGAUUGCGUGCUGCCAACGAAACAACACGACUGGAAGAGGUUCGUGCCGGUUUCGAGGCGUUCUUGAAUGAUCUGUAUAACCGCGAAGAUGGACAGACCUUCUAUUCGCUGUUGUGGAUUGCUGAAACCUUCACCAGCCUGGCAGAUGGAUCGCGAGAUAAUCCGACCAAAUCGGAAGAGUAUUUCGGGAAGGCAGCCGAUGCGUAUCGAAAAAUUCUGACCAGCGCAGCGAGCGAUCCAGAGUUUGUCAGUGACCCAGGUCAGAUUGUCGGGACAAAGCUGAGGCUGGCGAGUUCAUUGAGAAGAAAGCCAGAUUAUGAAGCUGCCGAGGAGGUCAUUCUCGACAUUCUGAAGACGAAUCCUUCUGCCUUGGAUGCACAAUUUGAAGUGGCGAGUUUGUAUCAAGAAUGGGCCAGUAGUGGUCAGUUGGGGGCGGAAGAUAAGUUUUUUACUGCCAUCGCCGGUUCGCCAGAAGGGGCUCCGAUCACCAUCUGGGGUUGGGCGAAAAUGGCUCAAUUUCUGCAACGAGAGCUAUUCAGUAAGAAGGAUGAACGACUGGAGAAGUUGCAUUUCGAUGCCCGGUAUCGACUGGCACAGACUCAGCUGCAAUGGGGAGAAGCUCUUUCAGAUGAGGAAAAGUCGACGGAGCAACUCCGCAGGGCUCAGGCUUCCGUGGCAGGUUUUCAGCGAAUUUCACCACGUUGGCCAGAUGAAGAGUAUGCUCGGUUUAACCAGCUAUAUCGCGAUAUUUUGGCUGCACUAGGCAGUCCCCAGGUUGAUUUACCACGCGACCUGGAUGGUGAGCCUGUUAAGGUUGAUCCCGUUGAUGAUGAUCCAACAGGAAAUCAAGCGAAUCCGAACCCGGAAACACCUGAACCUGAAGAAUCGGGGGGAAGUAAUGUCUUCCUGAUGAUUGUAAUGUUGGUCUUUGGAGGGGGAGCCGUUGCAGGUCUGUACUUCCUGGCUGUUGGUGGCAAUAAGAAGAAGUAUGCGAAAUAUGAAACUGAUGGCGAACGUCCUGCUCCGCCACCAGCGACCGACGACAAACUGACCUUCCCAGUUGAAGCUCCGGCUGCUCCUGAGAAGAAAAAAGAGGUUCAAAUGCCUGCUUUCGAGUUGAACCUCUCGGAUGGCCCACCAGCAAAAGGGGCAACUGCUACGGCUGAUGAGAAGAAGCUGGCGCAGAAAAAGGCGAUGGCCCGCAAGAAAGCGGCUCAGCAGAAAGAAGCAGCCAAAGCCUCUGGGCAAAAGAAGGCAGCACAACCUUCUUCAGCGAAACAAGCUACCAGCUCAGGUGAGAAGCCGAAGCGAAAGUACACAGAAGAAGAGAUCAAGAAGAUCAAAGCCGCUCGAGCUGCGAAAGCGAAAGCUGCCAAGAAGAAAGCAGAAGGGGCGGAGAAGCCUAAAAAGAAGCCCGAAGAUUCAUAG